AUGCCCGCCGCCGCCACCUCCAUCACCCUCAUCAUCGCCCCCUACCACAUGGGCCUCUACGACCACCGCGUCGGCGGCGGGCCCCUCCGCAUCCUCCAGCACGGAAUAGCCAGAGAACUGGAACGCCUCUGUCCGACCGUGCACUUCACCAACAUCGGCCCUGUCGAUUCGUUUGAAGGCGAGGUCGGCCGCAUGAUCGAAGUCCUGCGGCGCAUAUCGACCGCCGUCACGCGCGCCGUCCACGCGCGCUCGUUCCCCAUCGUCCUCGCAGGCAAUUGUCAGGCCAGUGCCGCUGUGGCGGCUGGGUUGCGCGCGGCUGGCGUGGAUGAUCUAGGCUUCGUGUGGCUUGACGCGCACGACGAUUUUGAUACGCCGGAGACCAACGUCAAUGGUUACCUCGACGCCAUGGCCGUGUCGAUGAUGGCGGGGAAGAGUUGGAAAGCGCUCAUGGCGACGGUGCCGGGCCACACGCCAGCCAGCCUCGAGAGCUUUGCGUACUGCGGCCUGCGCGACGUGACGGCCGAGCAGCGUGCGGUUGUUGAGGAGGCGGGGGUGCCGGUGGUGUGGGGGGAUGCGGGGGCGAAGAAGGACUAUGCGAAGGAGUUGGGGGCGUUGCUGGAGGCGCGUGGGAAAGGGAAGAAGAAGACGCAUGUGCACUUUGAUCUGGACGUGCUCGAUGAGUCGCUGGGCCGCGCAAACGACUGGCCGAGUCCGGGGGGCUUCUUGGAGGAGGAUGCGUUGGCGGUCAUGGGCAUGCUGCCGCAAAAGACGGAGCCGACGUCGCUGGUUGUCUGCUCAUUUGAUCCGAGGCUGGAGGGGGGUGAUACGGUUGCCAGGUUGGCGGUGAGAGCGACGUGCCGCUUUGUGGAAGGUUUGUUUGAGACGGAGGUCUUGCAGCGGCGGUCGUAA